UCCUUCUUGCACUCGCCCCAACCAAAGCAAAGAACAAGCAAUCCUCUUCCUUUCUCUCGUUCCUAACCCUAGCAAAACACUGAAAAGACAGAGGCCAAAUUGCAGAAAAAACCUAUAAAAUCCUAAAAUGGAAUCCAACACCUCUCCCACAAUAACCAAGCGGUUAUGCCACAUUGUUCGACUGAUAUGCUACAUGCUUCGCAAUUGCAUCUCGAUGAGAAAGCUUAUGAUGGACCUCCAGCUCCUCCUGAAGCGAGGAAAGCUCGCUGGAAAAUUCCUCAGCAACUUCAUAACCCACAAUCACGGCGGCGCCGCCUCCCCCGCUGCCACAGGCCGCUCCAUCGAGUUCAGCUGUAGCAACACCCCUUUUUACACCGCCAUCAAGAAGAAGAACCGCCGGCGCCGCCAAGUCGAGUACGACAACAUCGAAGCAGCUAUGAUAAAAAAGGCGUUUGAGAUGCUGAAUGCGGAGGUAUCGGAUAUGGAGUCGGUGAGAUCAUCGGCGAUGCCGAGUCCAUCGCCCUCUCCGGCGGCUAUGUGGUGGUUAGGAAAGAGUCCGGCGGUGGUGCGGCAGUUGAGGGUGACGGAUUCGCCCUUUAUGUUGAACGAGAACGAGGUGGUGGAGGAAGGAAAGGUUGAUAAGGAGGCCGAUGAUUUCAUUCAGCGGUUUUAUGAACAUCUCCGGCGACAGCAGCUGGAAUCCGCCGGAGCGACGCCGGAGUACAGUAAGAGCCGAACUCGCCUGCCAAUGAUCGUUGGCCAGGUGUGUUCAACCGGUGAAGGCAGCAGUUAAUCACCCCUGUAUUGGGCAAUUAUAGACUGAGACGAGUUCAAGAUGGGUUAAUUAUGCACAAGAAAGUAGUCCUAUGUAUGGAGAAUAAAUUCUAUAUAUUAAUAAUAUAUAAAAUUACAAAAAUUAAUAAAUUUUGAGUUC